AUGGAACAUACGCAAAUUGGUGACAAUGAACCCGCCACUUUUGAGCAAGCAGUCCGAAAAACAGGAUUUGGAAAAUUUAACAUUACUCUUAUGGCACUGACAUUCUUUGGUAUAUGCUCACCGAUGUUUGAAACUACCAACAUGUCGUAUAUUUUUGCUUCUGCACAAUGUGACUUAGACCUUAGUUUACAAGAUAAAGGAUAUCUUAAUUCGAUGGUAUAUGCAGAAUUACAUUCGUGGAACAUAUUUCUAUUUGUUACUGGAUUAUGUCCCUUUAUUGCGGGAACCAUAUUUACUUUUCUGUCCGAAAGUCCUAAAUUUUUAAUGACGUCAGGAAAAAAUGAAAAAGCUCUAAAAGUAUUGCAAAAAGUUUAUAGUAAGAAUACAGGAAAUUCACCAGAAUCUUAUCCGGUUAAAGAAUUGGUGCAAGAAAAAGAAGUUAUUGAGUUAACAGACGUGGAUCCAAAGCCAAAAGUUAAAAUCAUAAAUGGUGGAAUAUCCAAUAUCGGUCUAUUAUUUAAAUCUAAAUAUAUAUUAAAGUUUGCACUAAUAUCGGCUAUACAAGUUACAUUUAUGGCAAGUUUAAAUAUGUUACGAUUGUGGACACCACAAUUAUUUCAAGCUUUAGAAGAUUACAAAGUUGUAAAUAAUGGUUCUACGUCAGAUUUAUGUACAAUGUUAUCAGUUUUACGACCAAAUCCUAUGACGGAUUCGUGUUCCUCAAAUGUUGCCAAACCAGAUGCUUAUUUUCAUUCUAUGAUUGUAGCAGCAGUGGGAGUUGUUAGUUAUAUACUUACUGGAUCUGUAAUUCAUAAACUAGGAAAGAAAAAUCUUUUAAUUUUAACAGCGCUGCUAGGAGCCUUAAUAUGCUUUUCACUGAUUUACUCAAGAGGAAUAGUAAUAACUAUAUUACUUAUAUCUCUAUUUACAUCGUGUGGAAACAUAUGUUCCAACGUCAUACUGUCUGUGAUUGUUGACGUUUUUCCAACUUCAUUAAGAGCAUUGGCAUUGUCAUCGGUAAUGAUGAUAGCAAGAGUAGGUGUCGUUUCAGGCAACAUUUUUUUCCCGAUGCUUCUGGAGCAAGGGUGCCAUCCACCCUUUUUAGUAGUGGCAGGUAUUAUCGGAGUGGGAGGUAUCUUGUGUUUCUUUUUGCCAAAUACAGAAAAUACUGCUUUAAAGUGACAUGAAGAGAUUGUGACAUUAUGAAAAAGACAUUAUUUGUACUAUAGAAUUACAAUUUUUUUUUAUAAUAAAAUAAAUAAUUA